AUGGCUCAUCGCUGCCUGUGGCUGUCGCGGGGUUGCUGCCGCCGGUCCCCCAGCGGGCUGCCCGGAGCUCAGCAGCCGCCGCCGGUUCUUUGGAGCCGAGGCCUGACGGCGCCCUGCCCGAGGCUGCUUCAUGACCAAGUUGCCACCCAGGUUCCUACAAAUAGAAAUAAUGCCCUUGUAAAUGUAAUUGCUGCUUACAGAAGACUCUGCUCCCAACCUCCAAAAGGAUUUGAAAAAUAUUUUCCUAAUGAGAAAAAAGCUAAUGAAACAAAAGCAUCAGAUGAAGAGAUAAAAGAUGCAAAGCCAAAUAAUUCCCAGCAGCCUAGCAGAACUGGCACUGGGGGAGGUGGAGCGAGCAGCGGCAGCCCUGGUGGCGGUGGAGGAAAAAAAGGCGGCAAGAAAGAGGAUACUGGCUGGUGGUCCAGAUUGCAAAAGGGUGACUUUCCCUGGGAUGACAAAGAAUUCCGUUUCUAUUUUAUGGGCAGUGCUAUUUUCUGGGCAGCUGUUACGUACUACUUUUUCUUCAGGAAUGUUGGGAGAGAAAUCACAUGGAAAGACUUUGUCAACAGUUAUCUUUCUAAAGGAGUGGUGGACAAGCUAGAAGUGGUUAACAAGCGCUUUGUCAGAGUGGUCUUUACUCCUGGAAAGUCUCCUAUUGAUGGGCAAUAUGUCUGGUUUAAUAUUGGGAGUGUGGACACUUUUGAACGGAACUUGGAAACUGCCCAGCUUGAGAUGGGGAUAGAAGGGGAGAACAGAUUGCCUGUAGUAUAUUCAGCAGAGAGUGAUGGCUCAUUUCUUCUAAGUAUGCUGCCAACAGUGCUGAUAGUUGGCUUCUUGCUCUACACGUUAAGAAGAGGACCUGCUGGAAUGGGCCGAACAGGACGGGGAAUGGGUGGACUCUUCAGCGUGGGUGAAACAACAGCCAAAGUCCUAAAGGAUGAGAUAGAUGUAAAGUUCAAAGAUGUAGCUGGCUGUGAGGAGGCUAAACUAGAAAUAAUGGAGUUUGUUAACUUCCUGAAAAACCCAAAGCAAUACCAAGAUCUUGGAGCAAAGAUCCCAAAGGGAGCCAUUUUGACAGGACCACCAGGCACUGGGAAAACUCUUCUAGCUAAAGCUACAGCCGGGGAAGCCAAUGUUCCUUUUAUUACAGUCAAUGGAUCUGAAUUCUUAGAGAUGUUUGUCGGUGUGGGUCCCGCUAGAGUUCGUGAUUUAUUUGUACUGGCUCGUAAAAAUGCCCCUUGCAUUCUCUUCAUUGAUGAAAUAGAUGCAGUGGGAAGGAAGAGAGGACGGGGCAACUUUGGAGGGCAAAGUGAACAAGAAAACACACUCAACCAACUACUAGUUGAAAUGGAUGGGUUUAAUACUACAUCAAAUGUAGUUAUUCUAGCAGGGACCAACAGACCAGAUAUCUUAGACCCUGCGCUCAUGAGGCCCGGACGGUUUGAUAGGCAGAUCUUUAUUGGACACCCAGAUAUAAAGGGAAGAGCAUCUAUUUUCAAAGUUCACCUUAGGCCCCUGAGGUUGGACAGUAACUUGGAUAAAGAUAAUUUAGCACGAAAACUUGCAUCUCUGACUCCUGGGUUUUCAGGUGCAGAUAUAGCUAACGUAUGCAAUGAAGCAGCUUUGAUAGCUGCGAGACAUCUUUCGGAUGCCAUAAACGAAAAGCACUUCGAGCAAGCAAUUGAGCGAGUGAUAGGAGGCUUGGAAAAGAAAACCCAAGUACUGCAACCAGAGGAGAAAAAGACAGUAGCAUAUCAUGAAGCUGGGCAUGCAGUUGCUGGAUGGUUUCUGGAACAUGCUGAUCCACUUCUGAAGGUGUCUAUUAUUCCACGUGGCAAAGGAUUGGGGUAUGCUCAGUACUUGCCUAAAGAGCAGUAUCUGUACACUAAAGAACAGCUGCUUGACAGAAUGUGCAUGACUUUGGGAGGACGUGUGUCAGAGCAAAUCUUCUUUGGCAAAAUUACAACAGGAGCCCAAGAUGAUCUAAGGAAAGUGACUCAGAGCGCAUACGCUCAGAUCGUUCAGUUUGGCAUGAACGAAAAAGUUGGCCAGAUCUCAUUUGACCUUCCUCGGCAAGGAGACAUGGUGUUAGAGAAACCCUACAGUGAGGCAACAGCAAGAUUAAUAGAUGAAGAAGUGCGAAAGCUUAUUAACGCAGCUUAUGAACAGACAUUGGCCCUUCUGACUGAAAAGAAGGCAGAGGUGGAAAAGGUUGCUUUACGACUCUUGGAGAAGGAGGUUUUGGAUAAGAGUGAUAUGAUCGAACUGCUUGGCCCUAGACCAUUUGCUGAAAAAUCUACUUAUGAAGAAUUUGUUGAAGGCACAGGCAGCUUAGAUGAAGACACUUCACUUCCAGAAGGCCUUAAAGACUGGAACAAAGAUCGUGAGAAAGAGAAAGAGGAAACAACAGAUGAACAGAUAGCCAGACAAAUCACCGGAGACAUGCCCUUUUAGUUCUGAAAUAUGGUG